CCGCAAUUACCUUUCGAUUCCAAGGCUACAAAAUAACUACUUCCCCUGACUACCAAACAAAACCGACAGCCAUGGAAACCCCUCAACGAAAAGAAUGAAAACCUAAACAGUCAAUAAUCAUCUCUCAACCAUGCAGUAUUGUUGGCUGCCCCAAGAGCGACGUGAACCCGUUUUCCGGGAAAAACCGCCAGUGGUCAUCUCCAGCAGCAGAUUCCAAAGGAUCCGGGCGAAUGCCAGCCAGGCAGCCAAACAGGAGCAACUGCAUCAGCAGCAGCUGCGCAGCGAGGCGGAUGAAAGGCUGCGGAUCGGAGGCGAGGAGCUCCUACGGAAGUUUGCCGGAAGGAAUCUGUGCAUCACACGGGAGGAGGAGUGCGCCCGCGAACUGAAACAGCAGCAGGAGGAGCACCUGGAGGCCAAACGGCUGGCGGAGGAGGAGACCAAGGCCUCGCGCCUGGAGCACCAGAAAACCAAAAGAGAGCGCAUCGAGGCUGCCCAGAAACUACUUGAGCAACUGCGUCCUGGUCCGCGGGAACUUCAGUGCGCCCGCUUACAAAGUGAGGUCUUGCGCAGUGUCAACGUUCAGCGACAGGUGCAGGCGGAAUUCGCCAAGGCCAGUCAACAAAAGGAGGAGCUGGACAAAAAGAUCUUCCAGGAGCAGGUGCUCCGUGGAUUCGAGGAGGCCCAGCAGCGCCACAAGGAGCAAUGCCAGCAGCUGGGCGAGUACAAAAAAGAGCUUCUGCAGCUGAUUGCCGAUAGAGAGCGGGAACGCCAGGCCAUCAAAGCCAAGGAAUUGAAGGAAGCCCUGCAAGAGCGUGAGCUCAACGAGCGCAUGUUAAAGGAUCAGCGGGACAAGGAGAAGGAGCAGCAGGCCUCCAAGAAGCGGCAGAAAAGGGAGGAGGCUCUGGCCUCCUUGGUGAUGGCCGAGCAGCGCCAGAAGCGCCUCCAAAUGCUCGAGGAGGUGGAACAGGUGCAGUGCGAUGUCCACAACCAGGCCAAAGGACAAUUGGAGAAGCUCAAAAGGGACAGGGCCAAGGAGCGAGUGGAGCAGCGCAUCCGGCGGAAUGAGAAACUGGCCAAGGAGCUGGCACCUCGUCUGCACUACAGUGCGCGGGAGGAUGAGGAGCGCCACAAGCGCCAGUUGGAGGAGAUGCGAAAGGUCCACAGUGCCGAGCAGUCCAAGAAGAGGGAGGCCAAGGAGCAGGCCAAGAAUGACCGGUUGGCCAUACAAAAAGCGGAGGAGGAGCUGGCCCGGAAGAUCAGGCUGAAAGCGGAGGAGGAUCGCCGGGAGGCAGUCAAGUUGCGUCUUCAGAACGAUUUCACCAAUGUACAGUUCAAAAAGCAGCAACGACAGGAGCACCUGCAACGCAUUACAAAACUCCGUCAAGAACUCGAUGAACAGGUGAAGAAACGCAUCGAGGAGGAAACUAGACCAGGUACCAACUACAAUCGGGAGGCCCAACUGGAGGAGUUGCGCGAAGAUGCCUUCUUCUUCGAAUACGCCCAUCAGCUCAUGGACGAGGCCAAUGCUAAGGGAUGUCCAUUGAAGCCAUUCAUCCGGGCCGUUGGCCAGUACAAAAACGAUAAUCGCAUUGGAGCGGAGAUACGCAUUCCUCGCCAUAUGGUCACCCGAUUGCCCAUGGGCAGGCGCACUCAAGGAGAUAGUCAAUCGGAGGACAAGGAAAAAAGUUUGGGCAAACAGGAACCAAAUGCCAAGGAGCUGAGCAACGAAGAGCAGCUUCAGAGGCAGAAGAUCGAGGAGAACAUUAAGAAAAUAGAGUCGCUGAUACUGCAGGAAGCCAAGGCUAGGAAGGAUUCAAAUAUUUCAAAAUAAUUUCUUGAGAUUUGAGAAGAUCUUUAAGCGAAAUCAUGGAUUGGACCACUUUUUUUGUAUAUCUUGUUCUUGAAAUUGAAUUUGCAAACCGAAUAAAUAUCAGAAAUCAAAAAUAGCCUAAAGAAACCUCAAAACAAAAUGCUUGAAAGUAAAACCCCUUAGCUGACAUGAAUUGUGGUUAACUUUGUAGGCUGUAAUUCGAAGGCAAAAGUAUUCGAAUGCUAUCCAUUACAAAAGUAUUGAAUUGCAAUAAAAUGUGCGAUAUUCAAUUCACUGGCUAUCGAUUUCCAAUGCCAUUACUCACUGUACAGCCAAAUUCCG